AUGAGAGGAUUACAGCUCCCGUUAAACCAAACGCAAAGAGUAAGACUUCAAAGAGCAUUCGAAAAGCUUCAUUCUCUCUCGUCUAAGGCCAAUUCCGACGCUUCUGUUACCGUCGCCGAUGCUAUUCCUGUCAACUACGAAGACGCUUUUCUCAAGGGACAUGGAACAAUGGACCUCAACGGCGAAUUGGUGGCAACUGUCUGUGGCGUGGUGGAGGGCGUCAACAAACUGGUCUAUGUACGCGCCUUACGCGCUAGGUACAAGCCAGAGGUUGGGGAUAUUGUAGUGGGGCGUGUAGUGGAGGUUGCUCAAAAGCGGUGGAGAUGGGAAAUUAAUUUCAGCCAAGACGCAGUUUUAAUGCUUUCUUCGAUGAACAUGCCUGAUGGUAUUCAGAGGCGGCGAACUGCUUUGGAUGAACUCAACAUGCGUAGUAUUUUUGAAGAGAAUGAUGUUGUCUGUGCUGAGGUUCCUAAUUUCCAGCAUGAUGGCAGCUUACAACUGCAGGCAAGAAGUCAGAAAUACGGAAAGCUUGAGAAGGGCCAGUUACUCAUAAUUGAUCCUUACCUGGUGAAGAAAAGCAAACUGCAUUUCCAUUACCUUGAACAGUUUGGCGUUGACUUGAUACUUGGACGAAAUGGAUUCAUAUGGGUUGGCGAACAUGUUGAAGCCAGAGACAGUGUGUUAGUGAAUCAACCUAGUAGUUCUGAACAAUCCACAGUUCCUGAAGAAAAAAACCAAGCUUAUACCCCUCUAGAGAUGAGGCAGAACAUAUGCAGAAUUGCAAAUGCUGUUCGUGUAUUGUCUACUUUAGGUUUCAAUGUAGAUGCAGAUUUGAUCAUGGAGACAGUUGAGUUGAGCAGCGCUGUAAAUAUUGAUAUACAUGACAUGCUUGGAUCAGAAUUUCAUGUUCUGGUUGCAGAAAAGGAAGCUGUACAUAGAAGCUUGAUGACAAAGAGGAUAAGAUAAUCCGGGAUUCAUCUGUAAA